ACACAGAGAAGGGCACGGUGGUCAAUUGAAUCCCACGCACUUUCCCGCCAUCCGACAAAGCUCAAAAGUUUCCUCUGGAAUCCUCUUGUUCUUGCUUAUUCACUCUCUCUCUCUCACCAAGCAAGCAAAUCACGCGAAGGCCAACGUAAAAUGGGGAGUAGGAAGCGGAAACCCUUGUCGGACAUCACCGACAUUCACAACCUGACACCCCUUUCCGUUUUGCGCGAGCUCGUUUCCUCCAAUGCAAUCUGCAAACCCCCAGUUUCCAUCUUGAGGUCUAAUUCCAAUUCCACCAACCAAAAAUUCUGCCCCGAAUCGUCCGAUAGAUCCAACACCAGCAUCGGUUCAUCUAGCGUCGGCGCCACCUUUAAUUCGAAAACGGUUCAAUUUGUCUCUCCAACUACUUCUCCGGCUUACAGUCGAAGACAUAAUAUUGAGAAGUGCAAUAAAGAAAGAGAGGCGCAUGUGAUUGCUAGUAGCAUAUCUAUUGAGAAGAGGAAGGACAAAGGGAAGGCCAUUUCUGUCCCAUUCCGUUCAUCAGCUUCUGAGAAAAUGAAAGAAAAUCAGAGUAGAAUUUGUAACAUGGCUCUUACUGAUGGUGGUAUGGGAAUUCAAAAUGCAGCAUAUGAUCAAAGACGAACUAUUGAAAAAUCCAGGAAAGAGAGAAAGUCUGAUGUGAUUGGUUGUGACACAUCUGUUAAAGAAAGGGAUGACAAAGGGAAGGCCAUUGCUGUGCCAUAUAAUUCAUUACCUACUGGAAAGCUGAAGGAACCUCUGAAUAUCAUUUGUAAUUCCAGCACUCUGGUUGAGAGGUCAUGCCAGAAAGGAAAUCUCAGUUUCUCUAACAGUUCUGCUGAGAAUGUGAAAGAGAGUGACAAGGAUAAGCUUGUUUCCUAUAGCCACUCCUCUGGAAAAACAGAGAAAAGGAAAGCAAGUCUCAAUUCUCCUGAUUGUGCAUUGGGGAAAAAAUCAGAAACAGGGAAGGAUAUUGCAGAUACUUCUUGCUUCUCACUUGAGAAAAUAAAUGAUAAAAAUAAAGGGAUUUUGAAACGUACUAGAUCUUCCAUUGUGCAAAUAAAUGAGACAAAGGAGGAAUAUCUCAGUCCUUCUACUUCUUUAGUUGGGGGAGCAAAGGACAGGCCCAAGUUUGUGAACAUUACUAACAUCUUGCCUGACAAAAGAAAGGGAAAGGGGAAGGUGAUUCUUGAACCAUCUAACAUUAGAGAGCCAUCUGAAGCUGUGUCAGUCAUAUCCCGACCAUCGAGGAAGAUGAAGACAAGUGAGAAGGAGAAGAAGAAUAAUGUUGUUGGGGUUUCCAGUUGCCCUCCAAUCACGAGGACCAAAAAACUACAGAAUGAUCUUGAUGAAGCUGGGGAUGUUAAAUAUUUAAAUUCAUGGACUGAUCCACAAGAAAAUGUCAGAAAGAAGAGGUGUUCAAGAACUGAAAAAACAAGUGAAUUACCGGAAGAAUUCAUUAGAGAGCAGAAAGCAUACUAUGACGAUAUUGAUAAUUUCGAACUGCCAGUAGAGGAAGUAUCCCAAGAUGAGUUAGACUAGGUAAGUGCCUAUCAGGGUAGGAGUAAAUAAGCAGAGGUUAUGUACAGUUACAGUGGCGAUGCGAUCUGUGUCGACAAAUUUAUAGGUCAGAUUUUACUGAUAUCUUACUCUAUGCAGCUGUAAAUGAGAAUAUGCGAAUUAUACACAAACUUGUCUGUAGAUCAUGUUACACGAAUUCAUAUCUUAUAAUAAUAUGUACUAAAAUCAAGUUGCAGCC